AUGAAGGAGAAGUCCAAGAAUGCGGCCAAGACCAGGAGGGAGAAGGAAAAUGGCGAGUUCUACGAGCUGGCCAAGCUGCUCCCGCUGCCCUCUGCCAUCACCUCGCAGCUGGACAAGGCGUCCAUCAUCCGGCUCACCACCAGCUACCUGAAGAUGCGCGCCGUGUUCCCCGAAGGUUUAGGAGACGCGUGGGGACAGCCGAGCCGCGCCGGGCCCCUGGACAACGUGGCCAAAGAGCUGGGAUCGCAUUUGCUGCAGACUUUGGACGGGUUUGUUUUCGUGGUCGCAUCCGAUGGCAAAAUCAUGUACAUAUCAGAAACAGCGUCUGUCCAUUUAGGCUUGUCCCAGGUGGAACUGACCGGCAACAGUAUUUAUGAGUACAUCCACCCUUCGGACCACGACGAGAUGACGGCAGUCCUGGCCGCCCACCAGCCGCUGCACCAUCACCUACUCCAAGAGUAUGAGAUGGAGCGCUCCUUCUUCCUGCGGAUGAAGUGCGUGCUGGCCAAGAGGAACGCGGGUCUGACCUGCAGCGGAUAUAAGGUCAUCCACUGCAGCGGCUACCUGAAGAUCAGGCAGUACGUGCUGGACAUGUCCCUGUACGACUCCUGCUACCAGAUUGUGGGGCUGGUGGCCGUGGGCCAGUCGCUGCCACCCAGCGCCAUCACGGAGAUCAAGCUGCACAGUAACAUGUUCAUGUUCAGGGCCAGCCUGGACCUGAAGCUCAUCUUCCUGGACUCCAGGGUGACCGAGCUCACUGGGUACGAGCCACAGGACCUGAUCGAGAAGACCCUCUACCACCACGUGCACGGCUGUGAUGUAUUCCAUUUGCGCUACGCACACCACCUGCUGCUGGUGAAGGGCCAGGUGACCACCAAGUACUACCGGUUGCUGUCCAAGCUGGGCGGCUGGGUGUGGGUGCAGAGCUGCGCCACCGUCGUGCACAACAGCCGCUCGUCCCGGCCGCACUGCAUCGUGAGUGUCAAUUAUGUGCUCACUGACGUGGAGUACAAGGAGCUGCGGCUGUCCCUGGACCAGGUGUCCCACGGGCCAACCGUGGACACCAGGUCCAGGGACAGCCGCAGACUCCCUUGCUACUCCACGACACUCGGGAGAGGCGAGCGAAAGGUCCAGCACGACCCUUAACCUAUCUCCCUUGCAUGGCCACAGCCAUACAGCUCGUUCCAGAUGGACAGAAUGGAAAGCAGCCAGCUGGGGAACUGGAGAAGCAGCCCCCCGGCGCCCAUGUCUGCGCCCCCAGAGCAGCAGCUCCACGCGGAUGGCAGUGAGCUGGUGUACGCGCCCUCCUACAGCCUGCCCUUCUCCUACCAUUACGGACACUUCCCCCUGGACGCACCCGUCUUCAGCAGCAAGAAGCCCAUGCUGCCCGCCAAGUUCGGGCCCCCCGCGGGCACGCCCUGCGAGAUGGCACGCUUCUUCCUGAGCACACUGCCAGCCAGCGGCGAGUGCCAGUGGCACUAUGCCAACCCCCUCGUGCCCAGUAGCCCGUCUCCAGCUAAAAACCUCUCAGAGCCACCAGUGACCCCUGCUCGGCACGGUCUGGUGCCCAGCUACGAAGCGCCCGUGGCCGCCGCGCGCAGGUUCGCCGAGGACGCCGCGCCGCCGCCGCCGCCGCCGCCGCCGCCUUCUUCCAGCUUCCCGAGCUGCGGCCACUACCGCGAGGACGCGGGGCUGGGCCCGGGCAAGGGGGUCCGGCACGUGGCGCGGGAUGGGCCGCGGCUGGCGCUGGCCCGCGGGACGCCCGAGUGCUGCGCGCCGCCGCCGCCGCCGCCGCCGCCGCCGCCGCCGCCCCCCGAACCCCCGGGCGCGCCCCCGCCGCAGCUGCCCUUCGUGCUGCUCAACUACCACCGCGUGCUGGCCCGUCGCGGGCCGCUGGGGGGCGCUGCGCCCGCCGCCGCCGCUCACCUGGCGGGCGGCCCCGGCGGCCCAGACGCGGCGGCGGCGAGCGGCGCGCUGCGGACCCGGCCCCCCGGCCCCGCCGCCGCCGCCGCCGCCGCCGCCGCCGCCGCCGCCGCCGCCUCCCCGCCCGGUGCACCCCUGCCGCACUACCUGGGCGCCUCGGUCAUCAUCACCAACGGGAGGUGA